UCUUAACUUCAAACUCGUCUACAUUCAAGACGCUAACUCUACUCAGAUUAGCAAUAGAAAACAAGGUGAAGGUGAACACAAUGUCUCAGGCUACUAACAACAGAAUCAGACAGCGCCCCACUCAGCCAGGAGCUAAGGUCAAGAAACAAAUUGAAGAACAAGAGUUGCUUCUGGAAGAGGAGAGAGAGAUGAUGAAGGAAGCUGGGAACCCGGAACCCAAUGAGAUAUCAGAGGACGAGGUACACAGCGAGAUGAGAGAAGAAGUUAAAGAGAAAGGUACUUCAGACAUUGUUGGAGAUGUUUCUGGAGAGGUUGGAAAAGAUCUGAGUCGAUCAUUGCGAGAGGAAACGUCCGCCAAGAUGCAAGAACUCCAAGAUCUCGUUGAAUCUCUACAAAAGGAGCUGCAGACUGAAAGGCAGAGGACUGUCUCCUUCCAAACGGAUCAGGUGGAAUUGGCGGAUAAGCUCAUAGAGGUAGCCAGCAGAGGCCGAAAGCAGGCUGACACACUGGAUGCGGAGAAAUGUUCUCUGGAGCAGGAGGUAAAGGCCCUGCAAGAGAAGGUCUUCAUGAGAGCAUCAGAGGAACCAACGCACACAAGCAGGAUUCCACAGCGUGAUGAUACUGAGUGUCAAAGCAAGGAGCUGAAGACUGCAAGGCAGAGGACUGACUCUCUCCAAAAGGAGCUGCAGACUGAAAGGCAGAGGACUGACUCUCUCCAAAAGGAGCUGCAGACUGAAAGGCAGAGGACUGACUCUCUCCAAAAGGAGCUGCAGACUGAAAGGCAGAGGACUGACUCCCUCCAAAAGGAGCUGCAGACUGAAAGGCAGAGGACUGACUCCCUCCAAAAGGAUCAGGUGGAAUUGGCGGAUAAGCUCAUAGAGGUAACUAGCAGAGGCCGAAAGCAGGCUGACACACUGGUGGCGGAGAAAUGUUCCCUGGAGGCAGAGAAAUGUUCCCUGGAGCAGGAGGUAAAGGCCCUGCAAGAGAAGGUCUUCAUGAGAGCAUCAGAGGAACCAACGCAUACAAACAGGAUUCCACAACAUGAUGAUACUGAGUGUCAAAACAAGGACCUGAAGGCUGCAAGGCAGAGGACUGCCACCCUCCAAAAGGAAGAGGUGGAACGGGCGGAUAAGCUCAAAGAAGUUGCCAGCAGAGACCAGAGGCAGAUUGAGACAUUGGAGGCGAAGAAACGUUCCCUGGAGCAGAAGGUACAGGCCCUGCAAGAGAAGGUCGUCAUGGGAGCAUCACAGGAACCAACGCAUACAAACAGGAUUCCACAGCGUAAUGAUGCUGAGUGUCAAAACAAGGAGCUGAAGGCUGCAAGGUGGAGGACUAAAACCCUCCAAAAGGAACAGGUGGAAUUAAUGGAUGAGAUCAAAGAGGAAACCAGCAGAGUCCGGGAGCAGGUUGAGAUACUGGAUGCGGAGAUAUUUUCCCUGGAGCAGGAGGUAAAGGCCCUGCAAGAGGAGGUCUUCAACAGAGCAUCAGAUAAUCCAAUGCAUACAACCAGGAUUCCACAGCAUAAUGAUACCGAGUGUCAAAAUAGGCAGCUGCAGGCUGACACCCUCCAAACGAAUCAGGUGGAAUUGACGGAUAAGCUCAUAGAGGAACCCAGCAGAGGCUGGAAGCAGAUUGAGACUCUUGAGGCGGAGAUAUUUUCCCUGAAGCAGAAGGAGAAUGCCCUGCAAGAGGAGGUCUUCAUGAGAGCAUCAGAGGAACCAAAGCAUUCAAAAAGGAUUCCACAGCGUUAUGAUAGUAUUGAGCGUCAAAACGAGCAGCUGCAGGCUGAAAGGCUGAAGGCUGACUCCCUUCAAAUGGAAAAUGUGGAAUUGAUGGAUAAGCUCAAAGUGGUAACCAGCAGGGGCCGGAAGCAGGUUGAGAAAAUGGAGAAGAAGAAGCUUUUCCUGGAGCAGAAGGUAAAGGCCCUGCAAGAGAAGGUCUUCAGCAGAGUAUCGGGGGAAUCAGAAGGCAACAGUAAAAUUGAAGAGCUCCAUGGUCAGGUUUCGUCUCAAAACAACCAGCUGAACGCUGAGACGUUGAGGGCUGACAGCCUCCAGACAAAACUGGAUGAGGCCAAGCACCAGCUUCUGGAAAUGUCCAACAAAGACCUGAAGCUGAUUGAAAGCUUGAAGAGAGAAGACUCCCUGGAGCAGAAACUCAGGGACUUCAAGAACCGUCUCCAAGAAAAGACAAGAUGUUUCAGUCAGGUGCUUCAGGGUGAGGUGGAGGUGCUCCAGGAGGAUAUAAAGUCAAUAAUUUGUGACAAGACAUCAGAGACGAUCCAGGUCAACAGCAAGGAAGACACUCCAACCAUGGUCGAGGAGACACCAGAGACCAUCCAGACAACACCAGAGAUAGUCGAGGUAAGACCCGAGAUUGUUGAGGUAGGACGCGAGUAGAAGAACAUCUGUUUGGGUUUUCUCCGGGACACUCCGGUUUCAUCCCACCAAAAGAAAGAGAGAAAAUGUUUGAAUG